AUGGCGGGGCAGGGGAGCACGGCGCGGCGUCCGCGGCCGACGACGACGAAGUGCGUCGCGGCGGCGCUGCUGGCGAUGGUCAUCGUGGUGGCGAUCAUCGUCAUCCUGUGGCUGACGGUCCGCCCGGCGAGGCCGCUCGCCAUCUCCGUCGACCACGCCGCGGUGACCGGGUUCAACUUCACGUCCCGUGGCGCGCUCAACGGCACCUUCGACAUCACCCUGCGCGCCUUCAACAGGAACAAGCGCGCGGCCGUGUCGUACCAGUCGCUCGAGGUCGGGGUGUGGUACGACGGCGCGUACCUCGCCGGCACCGUGCUGCCCGGGUUCGACCAGCCGCCGAAGGGCCAGAUGAGGAUCGACGUGGACACGCCCGCCGCGAGGGCGGCGCUGCCGCCGGGCGUGGAGGCGACCAUGAAGAAGGACAGCUCGGACGGGAACCUGCCGGUGGAGGUGCACGUCAGGGCGAAGGUGCGGUUCCGGUACGGCAUGGUGAAGACGCGGCGGUACACGGUGCGCGCGAGCUGCACGCCGGUGGUCAUCGUCUUCGCGUCGCCGAGUUCGUUCGAUCGGCUGAACUGCUACGUCCGUAUCUGAAGAACGAGCCUGCGCGCUCGUGACUGAGUGGCAAUUCUACAUUUUGCGUGUUUAAUUUCUCUGCUUUGAGAAUUGUUUGUAUUUGGAUUGACUUGGUUGUCUAUCAUGUGUUGGUUUGUUCAUACUUCUUCACUUGUAUUCUUCGAUUUUUCACUUUUUCUUCGGUGUGUAAUGUUUAUCUGUCAU